AUGCGGAUUGGACAGUGGUCGAUUGCGUCCACGAAGCGCUCGAUUCUGAACGGUGCCGAGAUCGAGGCUGCCGAGAAGGCUCUGAGCCUGCCUCUGCCCGAGAUGACGUUUGGGAACAACAGCCUUGUGCUCACAUUCGAACCAAGCGGGUUUGGGUCUCGUGCCAGCAUACCAGUCACAAGCGCUGGCCCGGAUAGCUCGGCGAGUACAAGUGCGCCUGAUUCUUCCGUGGCGGCCGACUCGCAAAUACGCCUGGCGUUCGACACGCUCACUGCGCUCGGUCAAGUGGCGACGGGGGAGGGUUGGGAAGAUCGUGUUGGCGGCGGAGUGCUGGUGUCAAUGGCUGAAAAGUGGAGCAAACGCGUUCUCUCCGAUAUCCCUCUGAGCACCAAGCCUACCUUCCGCCCAUCCGAGACACACGAGAUUCCACUCGCCCUGUUGGCUCGGCAGGAUCCUGUGCUCGACCGGAUCUUGUUCUACGACGACGUUGCUCUCUUCGAGGACGAGCUGCACGACAACGGCGAGAGUAUCCUGAACGCCCGUAUCCGCGUCAUGCCACACUCGUUCUUCAUCCUCUCUCGACUCUUUGUUCGCGUCGACAAUGUUCUCUUCCGCAUCUACGACGUGCGCGUGUACCACGAGUUUGGCAGCAACGAAAUUAUUCGCGAGUGCUCUGGACUGGAAGCCGACUAUGAUGAGGUCAAGCUGAAGCAGACGGACCUUUCCCCCCUCGACGAUGCCAACUUUGUCUACCAGGCGUUGGGCAAGAUUACCGCUGCAAAGGCGGACCAGGAGCCUUCGACCCCAUCAAAACGCGGCAAGCCAUGGCCCGGACUGGGACGUCGCGUGGAGGUUCUUACGCUGCCUGGCGAGGUGUCUGUCGAAAGUGCGAGCAAGGGGAUCGAGCAGAUGGCGCUGUAG